GUCUACCAAAAGUCAAACAAAUUUUUGAUAACAUUAAACCUGACAAGGAAGAAAAAACUAUUUUGGCUAAGGCCGAUGGAAAAAUAAUUAGUAUUGAAGAAAAAAUAAUUAAACAAAAAAGCGAGGAGGGAAAGGAAAUCAUUUACUCUCUUGGUAAGAAAAAAAAGGCACGAGUUAGCCAAGGAGAUUUAGUAAAAAAAGGUGAAAGACUUACUGGUGGAAAAGUUGAUUUAGAGGAAUUGCUAGAAAUUAUGGGACGAAACAAUUGGCUUCCACCUGAAAAAAUUAAUCAACUCUCCUUUGGUAAUAUUACUAGUCAUAAACUAAUUAAUAUUCGCACCCUCAAACCAGAACCGGGUGGACUUUUUGACCCUCGAAUCUUCGGUCCUUUUCUUAAUUACGAAUGUUAUUGUGGUAAAUACAAAGGCAAAGAAAAUAAAGGCCAAAAAUUACCGGUAGUUAAUAUUGCCCUUUUUAAAAUCUUAGCCACUAAUUUAAGCAAGUUAUUAGGCAUUCCCACUAAAAAAUUAGAAGAUAUUAUUUAUCUUCGGGUUUAUGUGGUAGUUGAUAACGGCUCAGUUAGUCUACUAAAAAAGGGCGAGGUGUUGGAAAAAAGAAUUGACCAACCGCUAAUUAGCGGCAUCCUGCAAGAGGUGAUUCAAGAAAAAAAAUUAACUGAAAAGAUUAUCAAAGAAGCUGAGGAGUUAAACGAGAAAAUAAUCAAAGCGAACGAUAAAAAUAACAAAGAAGCAACUGAUAUUAUUUUUUUGGAGGAUUAUUUAGAUUUCUUUGAAAAACAUUCGGGAAUUGAGGUUAAGACCGAAUUAGCCAAAGUCAAGGAAGCAAUUAAAGAAGCACCCCAAAAGACUAACCAAGAAAAAUUAAAAUUCUUACAAGUAGUCAAGUUAAAAGAAGAAGAUGUCAUUGCUUCUAAUCAACAUAAUAACUCUUUAGAUCGCAUAAUUUUGCGGUGUUCCACUUAUAGAAAAAACGAAAUUAAGAGUUUGCUCCAAAGUUUAAGCGGUAAGGAGGGAAUACUGCGCCGUUAUUCGUUAGGAAAAAGGGUUGAUUAUUCAGCUCGUUCGGUAAUUAUCCCUAACCCUAAUUUGCUCCUAGACCAAAUUGGACUACCAGUCAAAAUGGCUUUAACGCUUUAUAAACCUUUUGUUAUCCAAAAAAUAUUAAAAGAAAAAAUUGCUUUCACGGUCAAGGAAGCGGAACAAUUAUUUCAUCAAGAAGACCCAGUGGUUUUCUCGCUGCUUAAUGAAAUUAUUCAAGGGCACCCAGUUUUGGCAAACCGCGCUCCUAGUUUACAUCGCCUAAGUAUCCAAGGAUUUUAUCCGCAAUUGACGCUGGGUAAUGCCAUUGAACUUCACCCGCUAGUAACUACGGCUUUAAAUGCGGAUUUUGAUGGAGACCAAAUUGCCAUCCACCUGCCAAUGACUACUAAAACUUGUGAGGAAGUUAAAGAACUUAUCCUUUCCACCCACCAUAUUAUUGACCCUAAAAAUGGUCAUUUGAUAACUAUUCCUAGCCAAGACAUGAUUUUAGGACUCCAUGAUUUAGUGGCCAUUCCCGCCACCUUGGUUGGUCGGAACUUUUCCACCACUCAAAACCAAUUUCUCUUUACUACGCUAGGGAAAAUAGUUUUUAAUCAAAUUUUACCCGCUAGUUUCCCUUACUAUAUCAAUGACUUAAAAAAAUACAACGAAGAGGAUAACCAAAAUAAUGACCCAGUCGAACUAGAGCAAAUUACUAAAAAAUGA